UCCCACGAUCCAAUCGCUCUAUUUACCCACACGCACAGCCUCUCUCUCUCUGGUUCUGUCAUAUGUAACUGGUACCUUGCUUUUAAGACACCCUUCUCUCUCUUUUCUAACAGAUCCUGCAAAAACAGUACUUAUGGUCAAUAGCCAGCCAUUACUCUUCCAAGGCAAAGUUGUGAAAAACAAAAGACCAAACUUGCCAUGACGAUUUCAGUUGUUUUUCUUGCUUGCCCAACACAACUCUUGACUCUGUUUUUUCCCCUAACAGUCACUCCAAUUUGUCUACUUAAAAAAUGUCCUUAAUGGAACACACUGAAGCUAUGUCCUUUAUGGAAGUUUUCAAGAAAAUGAAGCGUUUAAGGCUAUUUGAGCCCGCCAUAGGGGUUCUUGGAUUCUUUUUUGUCUCUGUUUGUAUUAUUAUUUUUUGCUUAUUUUUAUUUGAUUAUAGAAGUGAGCCUAAAGGGCUGAGAUUUUCGAUUCAAAAUGAUAGGUUUCCGUGGUUAAGAUUUGAUGGUGGGUAUGAAAAACAGAGUAGAAAAAAGGCUGAUAUUUUGCCUGGAAAUAAUGAUGUGUGUGAUAUGUUUGAGGGUGAUUGGGUGUGGGAUGCCACUUAUCCUUUAUACCAAUCUAAAGAUUGCAGGUUAUUGGAUGAAGGCUUUAAGUGUACAGAGAAUGGGAGGCCCGAUUUCUUCUACACCAAAUGGAGAUGGCAACCCAAAAAUUGCAACUUGCCAAGAUUUGAUGCGCAGAUUAUGCUAAAGAAACUUCGAAAUAAACGUCUUGUGUUUGUGGGAGACUCGAUAGGAAGAAAUCAAUGGGAGUCCCUCCUCUGUAUGCUUUCUUCAGCAGUUUCCAAUAAGGACUUGAUAUACGAAGUGAAUGGCAGUCCCAUUACCAAACAUAAAGGCUUCUUGAUAUUCAAAUUUAUAGAGUACAAUUUCACCGUAGAAUACUACAGGUCUCCAUUUCUUGUACUGCAAAGUCGGCCUCCUGCCGGUGUUCCAGCAGAGAUUAAAACUACUCUGAAACUAGAUCAAAUGGAUUGGAGUUCUUCCAAAUGGAAAGAUGCAGAUGUGCUUGUUUUCAACACUGGACAUUGGUGGAAUCAAGAGAAGACUAUAAGAGGGGGUUGUUUCUUCCAAGAGGGAUCAGAGGUAAAGAUGGAAAUGAGAGUUGAAGAUGCAUAUCGGAAGUCUUUAGAAACAGUGUUGAAGUGGAUACACCGUGAACUGAAUAUAAACAAGACACAAGUCUUCUUUAGAACAUAUUCUCCUGUACAUUUCAGGGUUGACGAUUCGAAAUCUGGGGGAACAUGUCAUUUGGAGACACUUCCGGAGCUUGGUUCUUCAUUGGUGACAUCUGACACUUGGGCUCGCUAUAGCAUAUUUUCCGAAGUCAUAUCAAAAUACUCAAGCAUUUCAGAUUUGAGAGCAUUUGACUUGUUAAAUGUAACUCAUAUGUCAUCAAGAAGAAAGGAUGGGCAUUCCUCUAUGUAUUAUUUGGGUCCAAGAAUAGGUCCGUCGUCUCUCUAUAAGCAGGAUUGUAGUCACUGGUGUCUCCCCGGAGUUCCUGAUACUUGGAAUGAGCUACUCUAUGCUCUUAUUCUAAAGCGCCACCAGAACAUCAAAUUCACCAACAUUUAGUGCACAGGUUUGACCCAUUAUUGACUGAUAUAAUUUAUACGAAAUAAGAUUACUCUACGUCAUUGACGAGAAAUUGCGGAUCUUUCAAAGCUGAUAGAGAAAUCUGUUCAUUAGAACAACACAAUAUCACAAGAACAUGACUUCAUAGCUAUCUGUAUGACACAAUAUCAUCAUAAGUGCACGAAUCAUGUACAAAAAUAUAGUGAUGAGGGCUGUUGACCCUACGAGGAUUGGCGAAUUUAUGCUCAAAUGAGUUAAUACUAGUUAAUCCAAUUGUAAAGAAAACGCACAAAUUGAUUUGGUCGUUUUAGAAAUUAUUUGAACGAAAGCAAUUAAAUUUUGCUAAAUUAAUUUUGGGAACUUGAAUGUAAUGAA